GAGUGACAGCACGAUUUAUUCGAAGACAAGGGAAACUUAGAUUCCAAUUGGUCGCCAUGGUUGUCAAAUAUUCUGGAUGGUCAUGAGUCAAGUAUGGGAACGUUGAUCUUCAAGGUUUCGCCUGUUAAUCCUGUUAAGACAUGUACUCCUUUGGAUCUCUUCUGGGGAUCAAGAAUCAUGAGUGGCAAAGUUUAGCGAAAGUCCUCCUACAUGGGUUGACUGGAUUGACUGACUGCUCACCCUGCAUCCGAAGCUAUUGGGACUAAAGGUGCUUUGUGCUCCUUGUGUGCGAGUAGUCUGCUCCCGCUCCCUGUGUGUCAGUAGCAGCAAUGUUCACGGCCUGCCUUCAGCCAGCCAUUUCAACCGCUUCAAUUGCAGAGAUUACUGAAGAGGAAGUGAAGAGUGUGCAGGCAGCAUGGGCCAACGCCAUCAAGAGUAUUUCCAAGACCUAUCUUGAUGGAGGCGACUACGUUGCAGCUGCUGCCAAAGCAGCCGGUGAGCUCUAUGGCUAUGGCCACACAGAUGUGCUGUUCAAGCCAACCAAAGCAGCUGAAGCGCAGUUUCGACCCACAGCCUCCGAUGCCAUGUCCUAUUUUGUUGGGCACAAGGCUGUGGAGAAUGGUUAUCUUGAGGAUGCUGGUUUUGCCAUCAACGGUGGAAAGGGAUGGUCGAACGUGGUUUUUGAUAACCAUAAAAUCGAUGUCAGCGGCAAUGUUGCCAUUGCCAUGGGCAACUACUUCUUCACCAGCGCUGCAGAUGGAAGCAAGACCAAAGUUGAGUACACUUUCGGCUACAAGAAGAAUGCCGACGGCAAGGUGCGCAUCUUCCUCCACCACUCCUCAGUGCCAUACAGCGUGCCCGCAGCCACUCCAACUGCAGAGAUUACUGAAGAGGAAGUAAAGAGUGUGCAGGCAGCAUGGGCCAAUGCCAUCAAGAGUAUCUCCAAGACCUAUCUUGACGGAGGUGACUACGUUGCAGCUGCUGGCAAAGCAGCUGGUGAGCUCUACGGCUAUGGGCACACAAAUGUGCUGUUCAAGCCAACCAAAGCGGCUGAAGCGCAGUUUCGACCCACAGCCUCCGAUGCCAUGUCCUACUUUGUUGGGCACAAAGCGGUCGAGAAGGGUCAUCUUGAGGAUGCUGGUUUUGCCAUCAACGGUGGAAAGGGAUGGUCGAACGUGGUUUUUGAUAACCACCAAAUCGAUGUCAGUGGCAAUGUUGCCAUUGCCAUGGGCAACUACUUCUUCACCAGCGCUGCAGAUGGAAGCAAGACCAAAGUUGAGUACACUUUCGGCUACAAGAAGAAUGCCGACGGCAAGGUGCGCAUCUUCCUCCACCACUCCUCAGUGCCAUUUGUGGCGGAGUCCAAAGUGCAGUCCCCAAGUUUGGUGGCAACUUUGAAGUCAAAGGUUGCUGGAGCAUAGAUUUAAGCUCUGAGAUGAAUGCUUUGGUGGUAUCUUUAGUAUUCUUUAGUGCCUUUUUUCGAGGCAGACAGGGACUUGAAACAGUUGCCUGGUCUGGUGCUUUGCGAAAGCUUUAUUGCACUUUUCCCCACGUUUGAGGUUUUCAGGUUUGUCCUUUGUACAGCUUUUGCCUCAAACAUUUUUGUCCAAUAUCAAAUUGAUUUGUCUAAUUUGAUCUAAUUUGUGCAUUUGCCGGACCUAGGAGCCGGUUAGGGAGUGAAUCAUUCCCACCAGAGGAGGUGUCUUUGAAAGUUUUGGGAAGAGCCAAUGGGUCAAAGGCCUAAGCUCUUCAACCAAGCAGCUAGCACAUUGCAGCUUUGCUUGGAGACCCUUCGGAUUCUCGCAAUUGCGCGUCUC